UCUAACACGCGCCUCUGAAGCCCUUUCUCGCUCAUUCGCACUGCAGACUCUCGCGCAGGCUUUUCUUGUCUAAGUCAGGAGCUACGGCCCUCAAAAUUACCCUUAGGCCACAAGGGCAAAUCUUCAUAUAUUCAUAAUCUCUUGCCAAUAUUUAAAUAUCGCUGUAAACCCGAUGCCAUUUCGGACUUUCAACAUGUGGAAACAGCUCUCGACAUGGACGCUUCUAGCGGUCUUUUCUCUGCUGAUAGUGAAAGGAAUAAGUCAGGAGCUGGACUUGGCAGAUGCAAUUGAGAGUAAUGAACCAACUAAACCACCACCUAAAGUGGACCCAGCAGGUGGUGCAGGAGGAGCAGUGAAACCCAUUCUUAAACCUGUUAAGCCCACAGUCAAGGAACCAGCAAAGCCCAAACAAACAGAAGAGACAUUCACUGAUUUGUCUGACGCCACCAUUCGGCCAGACCUGUUGCCCCGAACACCCCCUAGUCUUCUCCGAACCUCUGUUCCCCCUCGGAAAGCUCAGUCUGAUUUUGAUGGCUUGAAUCUUGAAGAUGCCUUGAACCCUGACAAUGACAUCAGAGGAAAGGGCAAAGAGUCUGGCAAAGGCGAUAAAGACCUCGGAGGAGGGGGCCGUGAUGACGGCAAACCCAAUAGCAGAGGUGGAACUGGGGGUUUCUCAGACCUAGACCUUGAGGAUGUUGGCAAUGAUAACUCCUACAAACCCGACAAAAACAAAGGUGGAAGUGGUGGAAGUAGUAGCGGACAGAGUGGCAGAGAUUCAGAUUCUGCUGAUGACAACUACGACACCAUGGCUGAGACUGGAACCAUUGCUGGUAUUGUGAGCGCUAUUGGUAUGGCUCUGGUCGGUGCAGUGGGCAGUUACAUCUCCUACCAGAAGAAGAAGUUGUGCUUCAGCAUACAGCAGAGUCUGAAUACAGAUAUGGUGAAAGCAGAUGCCCCAGAUGCUGUAGUUGCACAGGAGCCACAAGUUCAGCAAACUCUUCUCCAGCCUCCCAACGCUGAGCCGCCAACAGAGGAAAAUGCAGUGUAAUCUGAAAUGCAUCAUCCAAACUGAAGAGGGCGCAGUUCUAAAUUGUUGUUGUCCCAUUUGAAUGCCACUGUAUUUCCUGGCACAUUUGCACCACAGCUCCCUUUUGAAGUACCAACGUGACUGUUUAAAUCAACCUUAAACAUAGUGUAAUAUUUUUUCCUUAAAUUCAAUUUGAACUGUUCACAUGCAACAACGUACUAAGCCUGUUUGCAAUAAUAUUGCUAUGAAUUGAAUACCUAAUAAUGAAUUUUAGCAUAAUCUGCUGAGAACCAAGAAAUCUCACUUGGGUCUGUUUAUAGAGGCCCAUACAAAGAGUCCCACAAAUACCAUGCUACAGUCUUUUAGCUUGUCAGUUUAGCUCAUCAUUCCUAUUGUGCACAAAUUAACACAUUAAUGAACAGUGAUACAAGUGAUUAAUCCAAGGUUUACAAAAACAUCUGAUUGGAUAAUCUUAGAAAUAUGCUUUUAAAAGGUCAAGACUGUUUUCCUUAUGUUUUUACAGCAAGACAGGCUUAACAGAUCCAUUGUUGUGGAAUCCGCAAUUGAAAAAAAAGAAGGGUUUUUUGUUGUUGUUGUUUUAACGUGAUCUGUAUAUAUUUGCCUUGCUUUCACCGAGCAAUGUGAAAAGAUUGUUAUACAUAUAUGCAGAUUUUGUGUUUUAGCUAACAUUUUACUAGAGUGUAAAAAAAAAAAAACGGCGAACCACUGAAGUCAAAACCUAACCAACAGCUGCUUCCUUCUAAUUUGCUUUUAAAAAAUGAAACAAUGACUAAAAUUGGUAUUUUAGUGAUUGGUACUGUGAAGAUGUGAUGUGUGUUGAUGAAGAAGCCGUGUUGACUGCUUUUGUGUGUGUUAAUUGGAUGUCAGUGGUUACAAUUCCUUCUUUUGAGGAAUAGUUUGAUUCGGCGUGAUCAGAUUGCGUAUACAUUAACGUGAAGUAAAUCGUGGCUGGAAGUAACCGAAGUUGUGUUUUCAUGUUAGCGCAAUACUUAAGCAGUGUAGUAACUCUUCGUUACGCUAAUUCUGAUCCAUUGCCUUUUGUGAGGUUUUAAGGGAUUAAUGUGCUUGUAUAUUGCAUACCGUUUCCAAGUUUGUACUCAAACUGUGUAUCACAUCUCUAUUUACACUUGUAGCAGUAAAUGUACAUAAAUGUUUGUGGCCCCAACUCUUUUUGGAUUACGGGGAGUAGUUUUUUUGCCCCAGCUUAGUGUUUUUAUCCUUUGUAGCAUGUUUCAGCUUUAGCUUUCAGACUUUUUAGUUACCUGUUACACCCUAGCUAGUUUUGCUAUUGCCUUAAUGAGUCCCUAGCUGCUUUCCAGUUUUGCUAGUUUUCCCACUUCGUUAGCCAAGCCUCAGGCGUUGGUGCCACAGAGCUUGUCUAGACCCUUCAUUUCUACGGAUUUGGAAGGUCACCAUCUAGAAGUAGAGUUAGCAAAACCGGGUUAAAGAGCAGCUCAGUCCUUAACUAUCCUGUCCCCCACUUGAGAUGCUCCAGAUUUUCCUCUAGCUGUUGUUUUUCACUGUGAAUUCAGGUGCACCUUUGUUUCCCCAUAACUCAAGCCCUUGCCAAUGGUGCUUUCCUUCCCAAUGCCUUACCACGCUAACAUUAGGGAAGACACACUAGUUUACUAACACAGCACUAACAGUCACGACCGUUAGAAGGGCUGCCUCACUUGAAUGUCUACAAACUAGACGUACUAGGUUAUGUACGUUGUUUCAGUUUAAAGGUGUGGUCACAUUCACUGAAAUUUGUGGGCAAAAAUGUCCUCCGUCACGCAGAUAACUUUCAAACCACACAGCUUUCUGUUAAUUUGUGUGGCAAACUUGAUUUGCAAAUUCUGCAUUCGGAAAUCUUUUGUCCUCACGCAAAAUUCCUGAUCACAUGGAUUCUUAUUGAAAUUUCGACCACUGAAAAGUGCCGAACAACAGUAAAUGUGAUUGCACCUUAACACUCUGUUGCAGUUUGAACUGGUCUGAAAUAUUGUUAACUCACAUGCCCAAGAUAAAGCAAAGUCUUGCGAAUGGCAAUGAUGUCAGACAUCUCGGCGCAGAAUGUUGCCUGGUACUUUCCUUUAAAGACGCGUCCUACCAAGGCUUUUGUACAGUAUCUAUGGUGAAAACCAACAAAGAGAAUGUUAGCUGAAUGUAACUUUUUACUGCUUUGGUUACGAGAACAAUGUAGCUUUUUUUUUUUUUUUGGUGCUACACUUGUAAGAAAUGAAGAACACCAAAGAUGAAAUGUGAUGGUUUUGCCUUUUUGCAUGUUCUUUGACUUUGGUGUGAGUCUAGUGAUCCAGUGGAAUGAAUUUGAAACAGCUGAGUGAAAGAUACAACCGUUUUGGUUAAGGCAAAUGUGGAAAUUCAAAAGUGUCUUGAACAUUUUCUACAAUAUUAUCGCCCGUUUCUGAUGAACUGCUUCCAGAUUUGUUGCUUUGGACGCAUGAUGUGUCUGUUAAAACCUCCCUUAUUCCUUUAGUUAGCCAUCUAUUUUCUGGGCACUAGUAGUUUGUAUGGUGGAUGUUGCAUUUGUAAGGAUCUCUGGGCUCUCUCUGGUGUCGUUUGGCCAGUAUAGUUGCAAUUUUGUCAAAACAAGGGUGUACGUGCUGAACUGUACAGAUAUGCAUGUUUUGGAAUCUAGCUGUAGAUAUUAAAGGGUUUUCUUGUGUACUGGGUUUCUUUAUGAACUUGAGAAAUGUGUUUUUGGGAUGAUAGUUUCUGAAGUGUCUUGAUUUGCACUGCCAGUUUAGUUCUUGCAUCAUGGUACUGCCACAGAUUAGACUAAUGCUGUAGGUUUAUCGGUCAUUGAAUGAACUCAAAUCCAGCUUUGACGUAAACCAAAAAAAAUUGUCUUUCAGGAUUAAACCUCAGUUUAUAUCCUGCUCACUCAAAUACAGACGGUAAUGAAAACAAUUAAUUAGACCGGUAUCAACUGGCAGUCCUCUUCUAGAUAUUUAAAUAUUCAAAUUUCACUCUGUAUCUCACUGGUUAUACUUGGUGGUAAAAAAAAACACACACACAAAAAAAUCAGCAUACAGAAACCCAAUAAUAAAUAAUUUAUCUUGUCUUUGA